AUUAAAUUAAUUUUUGUAAAUUCAAGAUCAAUUUUUGUAAAUUUUUUAAUUAAAUGUUUCUGAAUUAAUUUAUAAUUAAUUAUUAUAAAUUAUAUAUAAUUUCUAAAUAAAUUGAAAAUUUAAAUAACUAAAUGUUUAUGCUCGGGUGAUAUAAAUAUAGCAAUUUUUAAUAGUUCAGCAUAACGAACGAAACCCUCAUAAAUAAGUAAUAAAACCUAAUGGUCAUUAGUUAAAUCUAUGAACUUUGUUAAUAAAACAAAAUUUAAACAUGAAUGUAGAAAUUGUAAAUAAAAAUACUAAAAUAAAAAGAAAUGCUAAAUGUUCAGAGAUUUUUGAUGAAAAACAGAAGAAGAAAAGACGGAGUUCUGAAGAAAUCUUUAAUAUUUUAAACAAUGAUGAUGACAGUAUAUUUUCUAAAAUGAAUCUGCCAAUCCAGAAAAAAGAAACUAAUGACAUAGACAUAUUCUUGGCCAACGAAGAUUUAGAUUUGUUUUGCAAGAAUAAUGAAAAUGAUGUCGAUCCCCUUCAAUGUACCCAAAAGUUUUUUGAUGAUUUAAAUUCUGCAAUUUUGCUCCCUAACGGAGUAAAUAACACAUCAUUUUUGGAUCAUUCAAAAAUAUAUUGUGGGUCACAAUAUCAAAGUAGAACAAAUGGCUGCAAUAUCUCUCUCAUUGGAUCCGAUUCGAAAUGGGAUACCCAAAUUUUUGAAGAGGAAACAAACCUUAUACCUAAUAAAGGACCAUUUUAUAAUCUUCCAGUUCUUGUGCAAGAUCUUAUUAAGGAACAUAAAGGAAUAGAAAAACUUUAUGAUUGGCAAAAUGAAUGCCUGAAUUUGCCUGCUAUAAAAAAUAGACAAAAUUUAAUUUAUGCUCUACCAACGAGCGGUGGUAAAACUUUAGUUUCAGAAAUUUUAAUGUUAAGAGAAAUAGUUUGCAGAGAAAAAUGCGUUAUCUUUAUAUUACCUUACGUUUCAAUAGUGCAAGAAAAAUUUAGUGCAAUGGCUCCUUUUGCUUUAAGAUUAAAUUUUAAUGUUGAAGAAUAUGCAGGGGGCAAAGGUAAAUGUCCACCAAAAAACCGACACAAACGCAAAACUAUUUAUAUUUGUUCAAUUGAAAAAGGUGCUAUUUUAUUCAAUAGUCUUAUUGAAGUUGGCCGUGUGAACGAAAUAGGUUUAAUUGUCGUAGAUGAAUUACAUCUUAUAGGAGAAAAAGGACGAGGUGCUAUACUGGAAAAUUUUCUCAGCAAAGUCAUUGCAUUGAAUGCCGGCAUACAAAUCAUUGGAAUGAGUGCAACAAUAGGAAAUAUUUCAGAAAUAUCAAAUUUUCUAAAAGCUGACGUUUAUACUAGAGGAUUCAGACCAGUAGAAUUAAAAGAAUAUAUAAAAUGUGGUAGGGAUAUCCUAAGUGUUAAUCCAUACGGAAAUAACCAUGAAGAUUUAUUUAAAUUCAGUAGGUCAAUUGACUAUAAAUAUUCCCCCAGUAUAGAAAAGGCUGAUCCAGAUCAUUUAGCUGGUUUAGUAUCUGAAGUGAUACCAAAACAUUCAUGCCUCAUAUUUUGUUCCACACGCAAAAACUGUGAAAAUGUGGCUAUUUUAUUAACUAAGGUUCUUUCUAAGAAAAAAUAUUUGGAGUACCGUCAGGAAGAAAAAACAAUGUUACUAGAUGCUUUGAAAAAGCUUUGUGGAAAUCUUAAUCCAAUUUUAUUAGAAACUGUACCAUUCGGAAUAGCAUUUCAUCAUUCUGGACUUAUGACAGAUGAAAGAAAACUUUUGGAAAUUGCAUAUCGAGUUGGAACACUUUGCGUUAUUUGUUGUACCUCGACUCUAGCCGCUGGCGUAAAUUUACCGGCAAAAAGAGUUAUAAUAAGAGCUCCGUAUGUUGGUAAAAAGUUUAUAUCCCUUAGUCAAUAUAAGCAAAUGAUAGGAAGAGCCGGAAGAGCAGGACUAGGCGAAACAGGCGAAAGUAUUUUAAUUUUAUCAUCGAAAGAUAAUUACAAAGUUGGCCAAAUGUUAUCUUCUCCAAUGGAUAAUGUAAUAAGCGCUAUGACAGACAACAACUAUGUUGGAUUAGAAAAUCUUGUAUUAAGUGCUAUUGGUUUAAAAAUAUCAAGUUCUUACGAAAACUUACUAGAAUUGGUGUCUUGCACUUUAUUAGCAACUCAAAAAGACAGAUUUGAAAUUAAAAUUCCCGAACUAAUUUCAAAAAUUUUAAAAAGUAUGUUUAAAAAGAAAAUUUUAAAAAUAAUUGAUGAAAAACUGAGACAUCACAUAAAAAAUUACACGAGUAUUACAAUUAGCGAAGAAACUAUAAAAAGUCAAACACUUUCAAAUAGUGGUACAAUAGAAGAAAGUCAUGAAUUCCAUCAUAAAAAAAAAUUUGUGCUCAGAAAGUCAACCAGAUUUGAAUUAAGUACUUUAGGUAGAGCCGCAUACAAAGCUGGCAUUAGUUACGAAAAGGCCCAAAGAAUUAAUUCAGAGCUAGAACUAGCUCUUAAAUCACUAGUACUUUCCAACUAUUCUCAUUUGCUAUAUUUGGUAGUUGCUUUGAAUUCUUCUGAAAAUAAUAUAGUUACUGAUCCUAGUGUAUUAUUUAGAGAGUUUAACAAUGAUUCUAGUAGCGCGAGAGAUUUAUUUAAAGUAAUUGGUAUAACUGACGCGCAUAUUAUAAAAAUGUUUAAAACAAUGUCUUUCAAGGGACCUCUAGAAGUUCAGUUAGAAAGAAUAUAUAUUGUUUUAAUGCUCAAUGAUAUUAUAAAUUUAAUGCCAUUGCGCGAAAUUUCAUCAAAAUAUUCAGUUGAACCUGGUGUUAUCCAAAAUUUAUUAGCGCAAUCCUCUUCCUCAGCUAACACUAUAAUUAGAUUAUGUGGAGAAAUUGAAAAAUAUUGGUGUUACAAACCGUUAUUGGAAAAAUUAAACGAAAAACUUGAUAGAUGCUCAUCAAUUGAACUUGAAGCACUAAUGCAACUACCUUCUGUUAAAAAUGCAAGAGCUAAACAACUUUAUGCAGCUGGGUUUUCCUCUAUAGAAGAUAUUGCAAAAUGCAAACCAACGCUUUUAGUAAAAAAAAUUGAACAUUUGCACAUGAAGACGGCUAAAGAAAUCGUUUCAGCUGCAAAGCUGAUCUUAUUAGGACGCUUAGAAGACAUUGAAUCGGAAGCUUCAUCCAUUUUAGAGUGCUUAAAUAAUUAAGUUUUUCAAGUUAUAAUAAUUAAUUUUAGUAGCUGCAAUAAAUUUUAUUUAU